AUGAACCACCAUUUCCAAGGAACCCUGGAACGGAAAACUAGGGCCUCACAAGAGGAAUAUAGGGCAAAGAGACGAGAAGAAAAGAAGGUCGUUAAGAGAAAAAAACGGGACCACGCGAGAUCUCGGCUCUUGGAUAUAGAGAAACAUAGAGACAGAGCGGAAGUAAGGAGCUUUUAUAGAAAAAGAAAACAGCUCUCAGCUGGAUUCAAGCCCUACACAUGUGCUCUGGACGAUGGUGCGGGAAAUUUGGUGACCGAUGAGGAAGGAAUAUUGCGGGCGUGGAAGCAGCAUUUCGAGCGGCUGCUGAAUUCGGAAAACACCGAAAGCGAUGCAUCCACAAGAAACACUCCUGUUAACAACGAAGAGGUAAUUCCACCUAGCCUCGAAGAAGUUAACAACGCCAUUCAAAAGCUCAAGAACAAUAAGGCGGCUGGUUCUGAUGGCCUGUUCAAAGCUGGGGGUGAUGUACUGGUUAGGAGCAUGCAUCAGAUCAUAUACCGCAUUUGGAUGGAGGAAAGCAUGCCCGACGAAUGGAGUGUUAGCAUCAUAAGGCCAAUCCACAAAAAAGAUGAUACCACUUCCUGCAACAUCUAUCGUGGAAUAUCCCUAAUUAAUAUCGGAUACAAGAUUCUACCCAACAGUACCAAGAGGGUUUUACCCAUAGCUAUAUCAUUUUUCGCGUCCGAAUUUGUUACAAAAUGUAUUUUAACAAAUUCGAAAGCAGCUGAACAUCAUGUUACAAAAUCUAAUAUACAUAUGUGUAUUUAA